AUGCCGCCACCUGGCCCGAUCGCAGCACUCCGGGACCGCGUAUCUUCCAUUUUGUUUGAUUUUAAGGAUGCCACAGAGGUACUGGCCGAAGAGGAGGCGCACCUGGGUCGGCGCUCUGGCCAGGCGCUCUACAGAGCGCUCGUUGCACUUGAACAAGCCCAGGGGGCGUUUCUUCGCACAAGCGAACGAACACUGGCCUAUUGUACCGCUUGGAGCGGUUUGGCUCGUGCGCUGCGCGCGCUUGCCGAACCCUUGUCGGCCGGUGACCUGGUACCACUCGCGUUUCGGGUUGAGCACGAGGAGCGUGUUGUCGCGCAGUUACAAACUGGAGGUGCUUGCGGCGCAACUGCCGAGUCCAUAGAGCGCACAGCGAACCGGUUGCGCAACCGGUUGCGCUCACUUCGGGGAGAACUGGACACCGUGGUCGUGCAGGAGUCGCUUUCGUCGCGGAAAGCACAGUACCGACGCGCGCGAGACAACUAUCGCAAACAGCAGGAUGAGGCGGCGUUGGAGGUCUGGCGUGAGGCCAGCCUCGAGUUGCAGACAGCCGCAGUGCGAGCGGUGCAGCGCUUCAGCGAUGCUGUCGAUGAGGUUGUUAGUAUGGUCGCACGCUCCACUUAUCAUAUUGGACGCAUGCUAUCCGAAGAGUGGCGGGAGGCCGCCGCUGCCGUUGUUGGUCUGGACGAGGUUUUUGCAGAGGAAGCCUCUGAGGCAGCGGAUGCCGCGUUUGCACCGGUGUCUGCAGUGAGGCAUGUCGAGGACACUACGAACGCGGAUGCGCCAGUGGAAGCGCCGAAGGCGCCAGGGCAGUCGUCAGCGACCGCUGCCGACGAGCGUCUCUCCGCCAGCGCGCCUGUUUCUGCAUCCGUGCUGCCCAGGAGCAGCACCGGGCCUACCGGUGACGAGCCGGAUACCGGGGCGGCUUUCACGCUUUACGACGAGCUCGAUGCAACAUUUGACGCUUAUUCGAAGGAGGAACCACAAGAACCAGCAUCAUCAUCAUCAUCAUCACCGCAGCAAUGA